AUUUCCCCUCGUGUUAUGUUCGUGUUGACAGAAGAGACAGCGGUAAGUGCCCCUGUCUUUCGUGUUUCAUCCGAUAAAGUGAACGGGAGACAUGGACGAGAAAACGCCUCUUCUCGACGGCACAAAAACUCCGUAUGGCACCGACAAGAAGGCGAAGAAAGAUAAGGAGGAAGUGCACAAAGUCCCCCUCACAAAACUCUAUCGCUACACGGACAAGGUGGAUCUGUGCUUGUUGUUCGUGGGGACGGUGUUUUCCAUCAUUCACGGCGCGGGUUUCCCAGCCCUUGGCAUCAUCUUCGGACAGAUGACCAACACUUUCAUCCAAGCAUCCAUCGGAGAUGCCGGCCUCCAAGUCACUAACGUGAGCACGAGCGUGGAUUUCCUCACGACGCCGAGACCGACUGCGACCGAUGACGGCGCUUUUAACCAGACGGGAAACUUCUCGCAGUCUCCAAUCGCAUCCAUCCUUCGCACGGCUGCGACUACGGUGAUGCCGGACGGGACGAUGCCCGAUGGGAUCCCCAUGUCGGCGUUUUCCUCUCUCAUGGCCGACUUUUCCCUCUAUUACGUCUACAUCGGGAUCGCCGUCUUCGUCUCUUCCUUCUUUCAGGUGGCGAUGUGGGUCGCUUCGUGCGAGAGACAAAUUCAUCGGAUCCGACAGGAGUUCUUCUACCAGGCCAUGAGACAAGAAAUGUCCUGGUUCGAUCGCAAGCAAAGCGGGGAACUCACCAUGAAACUCAGCGACGAUUUGGAGAGAGUUCGAGAAGGGAUCGGCGACAAGAUGAGUCGAUGCAUCGAGAGCGUCUCAGCCUUUGCAUCGGGUUUGGUCGUGGGGUUCAUCGUCUCCUGGAGGCUCAGUCUCGUCAUCCUCUCCCUCACUCCCCUUCUUGCCCUCACUUCAGGCUGGAUCGGCAAGUUGGUAGCCACGAGUGCGGUGAGGGAGCAGCAGAAAUAUGGAAUCGCCGGCAGCAUCGCAGAGGAAGUCUUGUCCUGUAUCCGGACUGUCAUCUCCUUUGGAGGAGAGGAGAAGGAAAUAACGAGGUACGAGAUGGCCCUCGAAGAAGGGCGGAAGAAUUCCAUGAAAAAGUACAUGUACAUGUCCAUCGGGUUCAUGUUUGUCAUGUUCAUCAUCUACGCCUCCUAUGGCUUGGCAUUCUGGUAUGGAGCUAAACUCGUUGCUGACGGCAUGGUUUCUCCCGGCGGAGUCUUCACGGUAUUGCUGAGCGUGUUGGUGGGCGCGAUGCAGCUGGGCGAGGCCCUGCCGAACAUUGCUUCCAUUUCUACCGCUCAGGGAUCUGCUUCCGUCAUCUUCGACAUCAUCGACACCAUCCCGGAGAUCGAUUCCUACGGUCACGGAGGCUUGAAGCCAGAGAAAGUGAAGGGAAACAUCGCGUUCAAGAACGCCACAUUCGCAUAUCCCACACGACGCGACAUCAAUGUUCUGAAGAAUUUGAACCUGGAGAUCAAGCCCGGACAGACAGUGGCCUUAGUGGGAUCCAGCGGCUGUGGGAAAUCCACCGUCGUCAACCUUCUACUCAGAUAUUACGACCCCAGCAUGGGAGAGGUCCAAUUAGAUGGAGAGGAUAUCCGUUCCUUGAAUGUUGCCUGGUUGAGAAACUCUAUCGGUAUCGUGUCUCAAGAGCCAGUGCUCUUCGACGCGUCCAUCGCGGAGAACAUUCGAUACGGUCUCGAAAACGCAACUUUCGAGGAGAUUGUCACUGCGGCAAAGCAGGCCAAUGCCCACGACUUCAUCAUUAACCUUCCAAAUGGAUACAUGACCCUUGUGGGAGAACGUGGAGCGCAGCUGUCGGGUGGUCAAAAACAGAGAAUAGCCAUCGCAAGGGCGUUGGUGAAGAAUCCAUCCAUCCUCCUCCUUGAUGAGGCCACGUCUGCAUUGGACGCCGAAAGCGAAGCCAUCGUACAAGAAGCCCUGGACAAAACGUUUACGUUGACAGGGCAGGCAUUGAGGGACCAGGCCUUCUUCUGGUCUAUGAUGUUCCUUGCUCUCGCCGUGUUUGCCGCCAUUGGAGCCUUCGUACGGACGAUUCCGUUGGCUUACUGUGGGGACAAGCUGACGAUGCGGAUGCGUCUGCUGUGUUUUCGAAGCAUCUUAUACCAAGACGUGGGCUGGUUCGAUGACGAUCGUCACAGCACUGGAAAACUGAGCACCCGUCUCGCCACCGAUGCUCCCAUGGUCAAGGCUGCAGCCGGGCAUCGGCUGGGAAUCGAGCUGGCAGCAAUCGUGACCAUCUCCUUGGCCUUGCUCAUUGCGUUCAUUUUCGGCUGGAAACUGGCACUGGCCGUGUCUCUCGUCUCGCCGGUCCUCAUUGUGGCCGGCUACUUCCAGGUCCAGGUCCAAAAAGGGGGUCAGAAGAAAGAUGCCGAGCUGAUGUCUGCUGCCGGACACGUCGCAACAGAGGCUCUGUCGAACAUCCGGACGGUGCAGGCUCUGACCCGGGAGCAAGUCUUCUUCGAGAAAUACGUCGAUAACUUGGUAACGCCGUUCAGAGAGGCCAAGAAACAGGCUUACGUGUAUGGCCUCGUCUUUGCCUUCUCUCAGGGAACCCUAUUUUUCAUUUAUGCUGGAGCAUUCCGUCUUGGCGGUUACCUCAUCUCCAUCAACGACAUGAUCCCUACCAACGUCUACAGGGUGUUCUUCGCGAUCGCAAUAUGUGCCGUGUCGGUGGGACAGAUGAAUUCCUACAUCUCAGAAUACACGAAGGCCAAACAUUCCUCUGCUCUUCUCCUUCACCUCAUCAAUCUCCGCCCCAUCAUCGAUGCUCAGUCCAAGGCUGGCAUCUGCAAGCCGAUCGAAGGAAGCCUGGCGUUCCAAAACGUGUCAUUUUCGUAUCCGGCCCGACGAGGAGUGGAAGUUCUUCAAGGAAUGAAUUUCUCCCUUCAACCUGGACAGACGCUGGCUCUCGUCGGUGCCAGUGGGUGUGGAAAAUCAACCGUCGUAUCUCUCGUCCAGAGGUUCUAUGACCCUAGCCAGGGACAAGUGACGGUCGAUGGGAUCGACUUGCGGGCUUACAACGUGGCACACGUGCGGCGCAGCAUCAGCGUCGUCUCCCAAGAACCGGUGUUAUUUGAUGCCAGCAUACGAGAUAACAUCGCCUACGGCCUGGACUCACCCUGCACCGAAGAUGACAUUAUCAAGGCUGCCCAGAUGGCGAACAUACAUCCCUUCAUCAUGUCCCUUCCUCAGCGCUACGACACGACGGUGGGGGAAAAGGGAACGCAACUGUCGGGAGGUCAGAAGCAAAGGAUUGCCAUCGCCAGGGCUUUGAUCCGAGACCCCAAGAUACUCCUCCUGGACGAAGCCACUUCGGCCCUAGAUACUGAGAGCGAAAAGAUACCCAUUGCCAGAACCUCCGUUGAGAAAAACACAAAACGAAGACAAGAGAAAGGACAUUAUGAUCGCAAGGUAGACAUCAUCUAA